UAAACCCCAGAAGCGGCGCCCACCCUCCAUCUCCGAUUCUACACUCGCCCAAAUCGUCCCCAACUCAUCUGAGUUUUCAGACGAGUUCUUCCCUAAAUUGAGCGCACAUGGUCUCCUCAUCUCUCUCCAACGUGGCUUAACCGUCUCUGACAGAAUAUUUUCGGCUUCAUCCCUUUCUCACGUGCUUUUGAUGUCUUGGGACGAAUCUCGGUUAAAUGGGAGCGGUUGGAUGCGAGAAAUCACAUCCACGCCUUCCAUUUGUCCGGGCUUUGUUCUAUGUGAGAUUUUUCGUGUUCUUUUCGGAUUCGGAGGGAAUAUUUGGAAACUUUUUGGAGAGGAGGGCAGAAGGUUCGAGAAUUCUUGAAUGCUAUAUAAGAGAGGAUCUUUCAGAUGUCUGGGAGAAGAAAAAUGAGAGAAAAAUUGGGAAUAGAUUUUCAGAAAAGUUUAGUAGUAAAAUUUCUAAGGUUAUGAAAUUUUUCCUUCUUCUAAGAUUUUCUUUUCUCUGAUUCGACACCCUUAGUUCGAAAGCGAAAAUGGUCAGAGUUUGUUUCCUCGUUCAAGUUUCAUUUUCCUAAACAAAAAACAGAGAAAAGCAAAAAAAACGAAUUUUUGAAGUUCAAAAAGGAUCUCAAAUCAGAAAAUUUUCGAAAAAAGAAGAAGAAGAAGAAGAAGAAGAAGAAGAAGAAGAAGAAGAAGAAGAAGAAGCUGUGAUUGAACAAUUGUUGUUACUCUUUGUUCGGAUCUACCAGUCUGCUAUCCAGAGUUUCAAAUCUGGAUUUGGGUUUGGUCUAACUGAUUUUUCUUACAAAUAGGUCAAUCUUAGUCCAAUUACGCCCGCCGUCCACACGAUAAAAUAAAAUCAGCAAAAUGGAGACUGAAUAUUCAGUGCCAGUAAUUGAUUUACAGGACUUUCCAAGGCAAUCAUCAAAGUUGAUUAAAGUCUGUGAAGAAUGGGGAUGCUUCAGGAUUUUGAACCAUGACAAUAUACUUCCAGUUUCACUCAUGGCAGAGAUGAAGGAAGUAGUGAGGACAUUGUUCGAUCUUCCAAUUGAAAUCAAGAAACAUAAUAAGGAUGUUAUAGCUGGAUCUGGGUACAUGGCCCCUAGUGAAAAGAAUCCACUUUAUGAGGCUUUGGGUCUCUACGAUAUGUCUUCUCCUGAAGAUGUUGAUGCUUUCUGUUCUCAGUUAGAUGCAACCCCACAGCAGAGAGAGACAAUCAAGAAGUAUGCUGCAGCAAUACAUGGACUAAUGAUGGAUAUCAUGCGAAAAAUGAGUGAAGGGUUGGGACUGGAAAAUGUUUCGUUCGAAGAUUGGCCUAGUCAGUUUAGGAUUAACAAGUACCACUUCACUCCAGAAGCUGUAGGUUCCUCUGGGGUUCAGAUACACACAGACUCGGGGUUCCUUACUAUUCUACAGGAUGAUGAAAAUGUUGGUGGUCUUGAGGUUAUGAAGAAAUCUGGUGAAUUUGUUGCAGUUGAUCCCUGGCCAAAUACCCUCCUUGUGAAUCUUGGAGAUAUAGGCACGGUAUGGAGCAAUGGAAGAUUUUACACUGUUAAGCAUAGAGUGAUAUGCAAGGAAGCAAAAACGCGGUGGUCUAUUGCUUCAUUCCUCUUGGGACCAAGAGAAAUAGCAGUGGAACCACCACCAGAGCUGGUGGAUGCUGAACACCCCCGUGUCUAUGUUCCUUUCACUUUCCAGGAUUAUAGAAAGCUCCGGUUGUCAACGAAGUUGCAGGCGGGUGAAGCUCUUGAUCUUAUGCGCACUAACUUGUAAAACUUUGGCGAGCAUCUCAUCGCCUCCUUUAUAUUGAUUUAGAUUAAUGAGCAUGAAAGUAGGAAAGAAAAAAUAAACCUUUGUGGGAUACCAUCUACAAUGGUCAGCGAACUAAUACUAGAAUAGCCUAUAUAAUGGCAUAGUAUCCCUUGGCUAAUUUAUGCAUAUCAACUAAGCAUCUAUGAUCCAUCUUUAUAUUGUGCUCUACUGCUAUCUAAUGCUUUUCAAAAGAAUCGAACAAGUCUUAUCUUUACAAUGUAAAAUCUUGGAAUUCUUUAA